CCGAGGCGCUCGCUGGGCCGAGCCUUCCGUCGAAACCAUGGGGACCAUUUCUUCCAACAUCGCCGCCUUCCAGUCGCUGCACAUCGUCAUGCUGGGCUUGGACUCUGCCGGCAAAACCACGGUGCUCUACAGGCUCAAAUUCAACGAGUUCGUCAACACGGUGCCCACCAUUGGCUUCAACACGGAGAAAAUCAAGCUGAGCAAUGGCACCGCCAAGGGCAUCAGCUGCCACUUCUGGGACGUGGGCGGCCAGGAGAAGCUGCGGCCCUUGUGGAAGUCCUACAGCCGCUGCACCGACGGCAUCAUUUACGUCGUGGACUCCGUCGACGUGGACAGGCUGGAAGAAGCCAAGACAGAGCUGCACAAAGUCACCAAGUUUGCAGAGAACCAAGGCACUCCUUUGCUGGUGAUUGCCAACAAGCAAGACCUGCCCAAAUCGCUGCCCGUGGCGGAAAUUGAAAAACAGCUGGCUCUGCAUGAGCUGACCCCAUCCACCACCUACCACAUCCAACCAGCAUGUGCCAUCAUUGGUGAGGGGCUCACUGAAGGCAUGGACAAACUCUACGAGAUGAUCCUCAAGCGCAGGAAGGCCUUAAAGCAGAAGAAGAAGCAGCGGUAGACCAGGCACCAAGGGGAACAUUGGGGAUUCCAAUACAUAGAUUCAGAGUUUGAUUUGCUGGCUUGACACACAUCAACUCAGAAGCGCUGGACAAAUGCCUGUGUUCCUGUACCUGCAGUUUGCUUAUCCUUUAAAUGAUCAGCUAUAAUAUUGUUCUGGCUAGCACUUGGGAUGCAGGUCAGAUCUGUGCAUGUCAGCUUUCUCCCCCCUCCUCCCACCCCGCCCCCAGUGAAGGCAUCAUGAUCCAGAGUAAUAGAAGAAAGCCUCCACUUUGUAACGUUCUAGCAGGACUAGAAGAUGGGCAAAGUACAGCAUGAUUUUACCAGCUGCUUCUGUCCCUGGCAACUACUUAUUCACAAGAGGCUUACCAUUAGACUUUUUUUUUCCAUUCCUCUGGAAGGUUUCAUGAGAAACUAUGUUGGGAGAUGAAAGUCAUAAAGCUUGAGAUUGCAGGGCAGGACCCUGUUUCAUUUCGAUUAAAGUUUGUGCUCCCAUCUCAGGAUCUUGGUACAAGGUGAUGUGUGCAUGAAGAACUAGACUUAAGAAAUAUUGCUUGAUGGAUGGGGUGGGUGGAGAUGCUGUGAUGGGGGGAGACUGAACUGAUUCAUAUGAAAAUACAACUUUGAUGUAUAUUGAUUAACGAUGGCUCUUUGAAGCUAGCCUUUGUGGAAGCUGUGUUUCAGGCUUACUGCAGACUCUCCAAGGCGUUGAUGGUCUUGCAUCAUGCAGGGGGGGGUAUUAUUUCCAAGAUCAACAAAAUGUGUGGAAUCUAUGAACUAGCAAUGCAUUGCUAUUUCCAGGAGUGAUGUGUGUGUUUGGAGGAAAGUGUCCCCUGACGUACCAGUUGGGUGUGAGGAUAUACAAUGUGAUCCCUCCCACCAGCGGUGCCAGAAAGUGGAGUUGGACCUUUGCUCUUUUCCUGUACUGCCUUUGGACAGGCUUCAAAAAGUGGGGCAGAGUGGAUGGGCUAUUUGAGCAGCCUGAGUGUGGCACCCACCCACCCCGGUAUUCAUAUAUUAAAAGAGGACUCUGGAUGUUGGUAGUGUAUUGAGGCACUUGAAUUGUAAAAUCUGAGCUGCCUGAUCAUUUUUGACCUGCAGCUGCUUGCCUGGUGCUACGUUCUAAGCAUUGCGCUAGAAUAAGAUUUUAUUACCUUUCCAUAAUCGGUCUAUACACUGUAGCAAUAACCAGGAAAACAUUUUUCAUUAUACCUCCUUAUUAUAACAUUCAACUGCAGGCAUACUUUGUUUCUUAAUGCUGAAUUCCAGUCCGUCUCAAUGGAUUGCUGUAUGAUUCCAGUGGCUUUCAUGAACCAGAGGCCCAGCUCACUGCAGCAGUGAGGAAGCGAUGGGGGGGGGGGACCCCAGACAGACAGACAGACAGACUUUGACUGCUCUGAUACAUUAAGUAUAGAGAAGGAUGCAGAACUACCAAACAGAUACUCUGAACAGUGCAACUGUUCUUUGUUUGUUUUUAAAACCUCUUUAAACUGACAAAUAGACUUCUUUUUAAAAUCCUGAUUCAGAGGGGUGGCUGACAAAAGUAACAAAAAAGUCAGGUGUAACCCUACACCUCCAGAUCUCCUUGAUUUUGGAAGUGUAGGAGAAAUCUGGCAUUGUUUAGAAAGGUCAUGAUCCUGCAAUACUAACAGAGGCAGUCCUGUAUGUGUCUACUCAUUAGUAAACUCCAUUGAAUGCAUAAGAUUGCAGCUAUAGAAUUACAGCCUGGGGCUACAAGCCAAUGCAGAUUUAUAUGGGAGCAAGCCUCAUGGGUUUUAAUGGGACUUACUUCUGAGUAGAAAUAUAUAGGUUUGCAUUGUAAGGCUUCAAUAAUCAUAAUGACAUGGAUGCAAACUUCAUUUAAUUCGUAAACAUGCAUAGGAUCAGGCUAUAAGGCUAAAAUCCUAUGCAUACUUACUUGGGACUUAGUUCUGAGCGAUCAUGCAUAGGACCCUACACAGACAAAAAUAAUAUUCCUCCAAGUUCUUUGGAGGAAAGGCAGAAUACAAAUGUAAUAAAGAAUAUGGGGUGGAUCCAGACUUAGUCAUGCUUAGAGUAAACUCAUUGAAAUCAAUGAGGCAAGUAAGCCAUGACUAACCUAAGUCCCACUUAUUUCAAUGGGUUUACUCUAAGCUUGACUAAGCCUACACCAGAAAUGUGAUUUCGCAAAAGAGAAAAGGUGAGGGUGGAAUGGGAUUGAGGGCCUUUUCCUAGAAUACAUAUAUGAGGCUUUGAGUGACUGGCCCUUAGUUAAUUAAAAAUUCUGCUGUAAAGCAGGCAUAUAUCCCACACGAGAGAAUGACAUCUAUGGCUCACUGAUCUUAGGUCAUUUCUGGAGCUUGGAUUAUCCACGUCCUGCUCUAAAACAGUGUUCAAAAAAUUCUGUUGCUAGUAACAGCAACAGAAGCCUAAGCUGACCAAGGGAGAGGAGAGGGAGGCCACAACUUUGAGAUAAUUGAUUCAGCAAUGAGCUUUCCUAAUAGAGUUUUUGGGAAUCCCCUUCUAACCAUCAGGAAGGAUUGCCAGCAUUUUUUCUGACAGGGACCCUGAACCUAUUAACAAUUGCACACCAGGUUAAUAUUCAGAAAAUAAAGUCCCCCAUCCCCCACAUUGCUGCAUUUCCAUUUUGACAGGGAGGGGACACGGAUUACCUAUGGAAUAAUUUGCCUGCCCUGCAGCUCUUAAAGAGGUAGGAGUUGGCACCCUCUGCAACCAAGUAUUAUUUACAUGCCUGGAGAAUUCUGUUUACAUGAAUGGAGACUUGUUCAUUGAUCUACAGAGCGGGCUGGUCCCAUUGUUUUAAAACACCGUAGAACUGUUUUUUAAUUAUUAUUUUCUUCCACCCACUGCUCUCUCAGGCACAUUUGUUACCUCAUAACUGAGAGAGAAAGAGAGAAUAUAUUUAUUUUGACACAAUAGUAAAGCCAAAUGCUGUAAUUUUUUAACUACUGUGUAGGACUUAGGAAAUACUGCUCUGAUCAAACUUUGUUAGGCCAUAAAGCUAAUGUGUGUUUGGAUUAUUUUGUCAUCUACAUAAACUGGUUUCUUGCAAACAUGAGAGACAAUUGUUAAAUUGAUUUAUCAUCUACUCCACUCCUGCAAAGCAAGUUGCACAGGUAAUAAGCAACUGGAGUUUAGGCCUCUUCUGGCCCCAGUUGAUCAAUACACAAGGUAUGCCUGUCUCUCCAGUGGACCAGCUUGAAGCUUUUGAAUUACAUAAAGGUUUUCAUCAAGUAGAUUGGACAUAAGUAAAUGGAGGCUGAAUGCCAGAUCAGUACCACUACCAUGCAGAUUGCUUUUUACACCCAUUUUUAAUAUAUUUUUAAUUUUAAUUUAAUACUAUUUUUUUUGUGAUGAAUUCCCAACAUACAGUCUUUAUUCUGUCCAAAAGAAGUCCAGGCCAGCAUCUUCAUCCAUUAGUUUUAGAUGGCCUAAGGAGAAGGCCCGGAGAAAUAGAAUAGCUAAGAAUGUUGGCAUUGAAGCUUUACGUAUAUACGACCCUCCUUUGGCUACAGAUUCUUCCCACUUCCAGGUAUUUUAUCCUCUUCAAAUAAUGUUUGAAGAUUUUUAACAUGUUACAAGAUGCCAGUCACAUUUCAGCUGUUUUCUUCACAUUGCACCAAUUAAAGUAUUCUAGCAAAACA